UGUGUUAUAAGCAUAUAUGUCUUUAGACAUUCGACUGAUAUUAGUGAAGUCUUCUCAGUAUGGCCGAACGAACAGCAAAACCUGUAGUACUGGUCGUCCCCCUAAUCAGGUUUCUACUACCACCUGUUCCUUGCAGAGUUCCAAAAUUGGUGAAAGAUGUAAUGGACUAAGGGAGUGUGAGGUAAAGACGAAUUUGCUUGGCAACCCUGAUCCAUGUAAAGGAACCUACAAGUACUACAACACCACUUAUGACUGCAUCCGUGGCCAUCUUGUUGCGAUCUGUGAGCACUGCUACAGCACACUGGACUGUGGAAAUGAUUCUAUUCAUAUUAUAAAUGCAAACUAUGGGCGAGGAAAUUCUAGAACCUGUUCAAAUGGACUCCCCAGUGCUCAGACCCAGAACACCAACUGUUACACUCCAAACACACUCUCAACUGUGGCUGCACUGUGUAAUGGAAAGAAGAAUUGCACUGUAGAAGCUUCAAACACCAUCUUUAACGAUCCUUGUGUUGGGACUGCUAAAUACCUCACUGUGUCCUACAUCUGCACUAUGUUUGUGGAGAGGUCUGGGUUGUUUGCCCAGCAGGGAGCUCUAACCCCGCCCCUUUCCCAUCCACCGGUUGAACACACAGAGAAAGCCACCAGUGUCCUGACUAAUCAUAUACCAGAAUUGCGGUAA